AAUGGGCGUUGAUAGUUGCAGAAUUUAGUAAUGAAAUAAAAAGGUGAAUUGAAUUGAAUUAAAUUAGAAAAAGGCAUAGAUGCCCUCUAUCCUUCAUCAAAAUGCGCACCUCCAUUCCCGCCGGCGAAGCCGAGCGCCGACUGCGGGAUGCUGAGCAGCGGCUGAAGGAGGCCAUCGAGGACCUGCAGCGCCGCCAGCGGGGCCCAUCUCCGGACCUCCACCCUCCCUGCGAUCACGCCGACGAGUCCUGCAUCGCCCACGCCGUCGGCAACCUCUGCCAGACCUUCCUCCUCUCCUACGGUAUUCGCGCCGGCAUCGGGAUUCUCCUCCGCGCCUUCAAGCUCGCUCGGCUCAAGUCCUAUUCCUCUCUCCUUGAUAUCAAGCAACUUGUAUCGGAGAAAGACCUUAUAGUGAGAGAAGAAGCAUGUCGAAUUGGAUUGCUUUUUGGGGGAUUCACUGGCUCCUACCAUGCUUUGAGGUGUUUACUCAGAAAAAUGAGAAAAAAAGAGACGCCAGUUAAUGCUAUUUUAGCAGGUGCAGUCUCUGGCUUGUCUAUUCUAGCAUUAGAUGAUUCUAGCAGAAGGCGCACACUUGCUUUAUAUCUGUUGGCUAGGCUUGCUCAGUGUGCCUAUAACUCGGCUAAAUCUAAAAACAAAUUCCACUUGUGGGGAAGUCAUUGGAACCAUGGAGAUACUCUACUCUUUGCAAUAGCUUGCGCGCAGGUUAUGUACUCCUUUGUUAUGCGCCCUGAGAGCUUGCCGAAAUCAUAUCAAGAUUUCAUUCAGAAAACAGGCCCCGUUGCUGCUCCAGUCUACAAGGCUGUAAGGGAGUGCUGUAGAGGAUCUCCCGUAGAUGUUGGUUCACUAGCUGCUUACCUGUCUGGCAGGAUAUCCAGUGAUGUGAAGUUGGAUAAAUUUCCUGAACUUAUUCCCUGUUCAGUCAUUCAUCCUGAUACAAAAUCAUGCCUGGUUCACAAUGCAAAUGCUGUGAAGGCUACUUUCAGAAAGAUAUUCCCCUUGUAUUUCUCUUUGACAUUUGUCCCAUAUGUUGUUCUGCGCUUGCAAAAGUUCAUGGAUGCUCCAGUUCGUACAUGUCGUACUGCCGUUACAAAUGCUGUUCGUUCAACUUCUUUCUUGUCAGCUUUUGUUGGUAUCUUUCAGGGAGUAAUAUGUUUGCAUAGAAAAGUGGCAUUGAAGGACCACAAGCUAGUUUAUUGGCUUGCUGGAGGACUAUCUGCCCUCUCUGUGUUAUUGGAGAAGAAAGCUAGACGUGGGGAACUAGCCUUGUAUGUUCUUCCAAGAGCUGGAGAAUCUUUUUGGUACAUUUUGGUGAAUCGCCGUUUGCUGCCAGAUAUCAAGAAUGCUGAGGUGGCUUUGUUCUGCGUGUGUAUGGGUGGAAUAAUGUAUUAUCUGGAGCAAGAACCAGAUACGAUGGCUCCUUUCCUGAGGGGCCUGAUUCGUCGAUUCCUUGCCAGCAGAAUUAGCAGUCUCGGGCCUCCAGCAGGCCGAAGCGCGUCUUACUCAUAUCUACAAACUCUGGAUGCCAUGAAAAAGCCAGAUGCGCUUGACAACCAAGAGAAUGGAACUACAUCUUCUGAAAAGUACAAUCUUGAAUCAAUUCCUGGACUCUAGGCUUCUAUUUGCUCGCUGCUGAGGAGGAGAUAACUAUUCCUUGAUGGAAUUCAACAUCGAAUUCAUUUAAUUCAUAUUUGUUUUUUGGGCAACCCAAGAAGAUGGAUGGUUAUUUUGGUCCUGACACCUGUGAAAAAUUAUUAGUUUGGUUGGUCUGCUUGAUUUAUGGAUUUGAAUUUUCACGAGAUUGAUAUUCUCAAGUGAAAUUGGAAGGGAAUUUCAGGAUGCGUAUGUGCCAUGUAAAUAAAUGUAACACCUAUAUCUUGUUACCUUUAAAUGCAUAGUUAAGAGUAGAUUUUAGAA